AUGAAGGGAACAAUUGUGACAUUGGAGGAGUUAAGCUACAAUGCUAAGAAGGAGAUAGUUGACAAAGUUGAUAAGUUAAAGAGGAAUAAGAAGCAACAAGGCACAGAGGACAAGAUCAGGUUAAUUAUGAGUCGAGCAUUGCAAUUAUCAGAAUGGGCUCACAGCUAUGAAAAACGGGUACAAGAUCUGAAAGUAAAUCGGGCAUUUAAGGCGCCGGAAUUGGCUGGGUUAAGAGCCAUGGAGGGUUUCAAUGCUGUAGGGAUGCUGAACCCAGCCAAUUUGUGCUUGGUGAAGAAUUUGAAUGUUCCACAUGACUUUGUACUACCAAAAUUCAGUUUGUUUGAUGGCACUGGAGUCCCUUUGGAUCAUUUAACGAUGUAUUGUCGACGCAUGCAGCCAUAUGCAAGCGAUGAGAAAGUGUUGAUGCAUUAUUUCCAAGAUAGUCUGACUGGGGCAGCUCAAAGGUGGUUCAAUACCCUUAACCCUUCAUCAGUAGCUUCGUGGGAGGAUUUGGCUGAAAUGUUUAUGAAGCAGUAUAAGCAUAAUGAAGAAAAGAUCCCUACCAUUUACGAUCUGCAGAACACAACAAUGAAGAGUGGGGAAAGCUUUAGGGAAUUUGCCCGUCGAUGGAGGGAUUUGGCAGCCCAGAUAAUUCCGCCCCUUUCAGAAAAAGAUUUGUUGAACGCUGAAGUCCAGGAGUUCCUGAAAAUUAUUCGGCAGAGUGAGUACAUGAUAGUGGAUCAAUUGAAGAAAACCCCUGCAAAGAUUUCGAUCUUGGAGUUGAUAAUGAGUUCUGAACCGCAUCGACAAGUCUUGAUGAGAAUGUUAAAUCAGGCGUAUGUAUCAGACAAGAUUCCUACAGACUCUUUUAAUGGCAUUGUGGGAAAUGUGUUGGCGUCCCAUUUGUUGUCCUUUACUGAGGAUGAUAUUCCGCCUGAAGGGAUAGGGCACAACAAAGCUUUGCAUAUUUCAGCCAUGUGUCGUGGAAAGGAAUUAGCAAGUAUUUUGGUGGAUAAUGGGUCAUCGCUCAAUAUUUUACCAAAGGAGACUUUUGAAAAAUUGCCGAUUGACAGAUCUUAUUUAAGACCAAUGCCGAUGGUAGUAAGGGCAUUCGACGGAACACGUAGAGAGAUUAUGGGAGAAAUUGAAAUACCUUUACAAGUUGCAAGCGUAACUUUCAAUGUACCAUUUGUGGUAAUGGAUAUCUCACCAACCUACAGUUGCUUGUUGGGACGACCUUGGAUUCAUACUGCAGGAGUCGUUCCCUCAUCAUUGCAUCAGAUGCUCAAGUUUGUUCAUGAUGGAAGGGUUUAUAUAGUAAAGGGCCAGUCAGAAUGGAUGGUUGCUAAUUUGGAAAUUGAGAUUUUACCGGAAAUGUUAAGACAAGUCAAUCAGGAAGAGAAACUAAUAAAGCCGCAUCAAGAGAUAACUGAAGUUGUUAAUUUGGGAAUUGAGACGGAGAAAAAGGAGGUUAAGGUAGGAGCUGCCUUCGAAGGAGAGAAUAAGAAGAAAUUGAUAGAUUUGUUGCAUAGUUACCAGGAUGUCUUUGCAUGGUCUUAUCAGGACAUGCCCGGUCUUGAUACAAGUAUUGUUGUUCACAAGUUACCAUUGAUUCCAGAAUGUACUCCAGUGAAACAAAAGCUAAGGAGAUUAAAAGCAGAUAUGCUUUUGAAGAUAAGAGAUGAAGUGAAGAAGCAGUUCGAUGCUGGUUUUUUAGCAGUGGCUAGAUACCCUGAAUGGGUGGCAAAUAUUGUACCUGUUCCCAAGAAGGAUGGAAAAGUGCGGAUGUGUGUAGAUUAUAGAGAUCUCAAUCGUGCAAGCCCGAAGGAUAAUUUUCCGCUUCCCCAUAUCGAUGUUUUAGUGGAUAAUACAGCUAGACAUUCAACUUUCUCUUUCAUGGAUGGAUUUUCGGGUUACAAUCAGAUCAAGAUGGCACCAGAGGAUCGUGAGAAAACGACUUUCAUUACCCUCUGGGGAACCUUUUGCUAUAAAGUCAUGCCGUUUGGUCUGAAGAAUGCCGGUGCUACUUAUCAACGAGCCAUGGUCACUUUGUUUCAUGACAUGAUGCAUAGAGAAGUUGAAGUAUAUGUCGAUGAUAUGAUAGCAAAAUCCAAAGAAGAUGAAGAUCAUAUUGUGAAUCUCCAGAAGUUGUUUGAUCGAUUAAGGAAGCAUCAAUUGAAGUUGAAUCCAGCUAAGUGCACAUUUGGGGCGACCUCGGGGAAGUUAUUAGGUUUUAUUGUAAGCAGGAAAGGAAUUGAGGUAGAUCCUGAUAAAGUGAAGGCGAUCUUGGAGAUGCCACCCCCUCGGACAGAAAAGGAAGUUAGGGGUUUCUUGGGAAGGUUAAAUUACAUUGCCAGAUUCAUUUCACAGUUGACAGCUACUUGUGAACCUAUCUUUAAAUUAUUGCGGAAGAGUAACUCUACUGAGUGGAACGAAGAUUGUCAGAUUGCAUUCGAAAAGAUCAAGCAAUACUUGAAAAGUCCUCCAGUGUUGAUGCCUCCUGUAGCUGGCAGGCCGCUUAUUCUCUAUUUGACUGUCUCAGAUAGUUCGAUGGGAUGUGUGCUUGGACAGCAUGAUUCAUCGGGAAGGAUAGAGCAUGCCAUUUAUUACUUAAGCAAGAAGUUUACUAGUUGUGAAGCAAAUUAUUCGAUGUUGGAGAAAACGUGUUGCUCUUUGGUUUGGGCUGCACAUCGGCUUAGACAAUACAUGCUUUAUCAUACGACGUGGUUGAUUUCCAGAAUGGACCCUAUCAAAUACAUUUUUGAGAAACCUUCUCUUUCAGGGAGAAUAGCAAAAUGGCAGAUGCUGUUAUCAGAAUAUGAUAUUUUGUAUGUUACACAGAAGGCAAUCAAAGGGAGUGCAAUAGCAGAUUAUUUGGCAGAUGGAGCAAUUGAUGAUACUCAGUCUAUGGAUUUGAAGUUUCCAGAUAUUGAUGUCAUGACUGUGUCGAUAGAAGAGGGGAAUCAGAGGGAUUUGGCAAAAUGGACUAUGUUGUUCGAUGGGGCUUCUAAUAUCAUGGGAUGUGGAAUUGGUGCAGUGUUAAUAUCACCUGAUGAGAAUAUUAUCCCGUUUACAGCUAAGUUGUAUUUCGAAUGUACUAACAAUGUGGCUGAGUAUGAAGCAUGUACGAUGGGAAUUCAAGCUGCUAUCGAUAUGAGGAUUAGGAGGCUACAGGUCUAUGGUGACUCACAGUUGGUGAUUAGGCAAUUGAAUGAUGAGUGGGAAAUUAAAGAUGACAAGCUCAUUCCAUAUUACCAACAUAUCAAAAAGUUAGUCAAGUUUUUUGAUUGGAUUGAGUUUGAUCAUAUCCCCAGGGAAGAAAAUCAAAUAGCAGAUGCUUUGGCAACUUUGGCGGCAAUGUUUGAUGUAGACCCAAAAGGGGAAGUGCAACUAAUUAAAAUUGAGAAACGAGAAAUUCGAGGUUACUGUUCAAAUUUAGAGGGAGAGCCUGAUGGUAAACCGUGGUAUCAUGAUAUCCAACAGUACAUUGAAAAGAAAGAAUAUCCAUCAGGGGCAUCAGAGAAUGAUAAGCGCACCAUCCGGAGAUUGGCGGGAUCUUUCUUCUUGAAUGGAAAUGUGCUUUAUAAAAGGAAUGAUGGGGUAGUUUUCUUGCGUUGUGUCGAUAUGGCGGAGAUAAUUACAGUACCUGGAUUGCCUAGUCAAUGUUGCCAUCGUGAAAAAAAUGGCAAGUGGAGGGCCUAUAUUGACUUCACCGACUUUAACAAGCAUGCCCUAAAGUCCCUUUCGCCACUUCCUUAUGUAAACAUAUUGGUUGACUCUACUACAGGUCAUGAACUACUCCACUUCACAUAUGCCUUCUCCAAUUACGAUCAAAUACUCAUGCAUCCGAACGACAAGGAGAAGACUGCAUUUGGUUUAAAAAAUGCAGGUUCAACACACCAACGUCUUGUCAACAAGAUCUUCAUUGAUUUGUUGGGAGACACAAUGGAGCUUUAUCCUGCCAAAUUUUCUUUUGGAGUAUUGGCUGAAAUUUUUGUUAGAUAUAUGGUCACUAAGAAGGCAUCCGAGGCCAAUCUAGGGCAGAUCCAAUCUGCACUUAACAUCCCCUCAACAAAACGUAGAAAGGAUGUCCAACGGUUAACAGGCUAG